CUGUCUAGAGGCAAACGGCAUUUCACACUAAACAAAAAGGGUUGGGUUUUUAUUUUACAAAUAAAGCUAUUGCUUUUUACACUCUGAAAGGUGCGACGAUGGUGAUGAAUGGGAUGGCGACAACGUAAUCAUGUGUGAAUUGGACGAGUCACCCCAAAAUGUCUCAUAAUGUCUCAGGCGGUGCUGUAUUACCCCGGAGUGCAAAGAAACUUUGGGAGAGAAGUACAGAUAUAUACAGUUAUGAACGUGGGAGAAAAGCCGGCAUUCAUAUGAGCAAGAUGUUGGACAGAGAGCACACUUCCCCCACACAUUGUUUGAUCUUACUUGAGGGGGAUGUGUCAGAAAUCAGGAUAGAUGACAAGUCUCUGAACACUCUAGCAGACGCGCUGGAGGAUGACUGGCCAGAUCUUGCCCUCCAGCUCGGCUUCGACUGGAGCGAGUGUGUGUCCAUCAUCGAGGGUUACUCAGUGCAAGUGCACGACCAAGCCCGGCACAUGUUAUUCAACUGGAGGCUGCGCUCUGCUGGGGGCGACAUGGGCGACGUGACGGUGGCCUUGAAGAAAAUAGAUCGAUACGAUCUGCUUGAAAAACUAGGUGCCGAGGUAGUGGAUGACGAGUGUCUUAGAAAGUUGGCCAGAGCCCUCGAUAGUAGGAAAGAUUGGCAAGAUCUAGCCGUGUAUCUGGGUUUCGACUGGGAGGUCUAUGCAAGGAUUGAAAAUAGUCGAGACAUGCUAUUUAAAUGGCGGGAGUUUUACGACAAACACGACAUGAGAACCGUCCUGGUUUGGGCGCUUAAACGGAUCCGCAGAUAUGACCUUCUUGGUGAGCUGGAUGUGGAAGAUCUUGAUCCAGAGGUCCUGGAGGAAAUAGGAACAUCCCUGGGUCACUCUUGGCAGGACCUAGCUCGUUUCCUGGGCUUCGAUUAUCGGGAAAUUCGUUCGAUCCAGUACAGGGUACCCUACGAGCUGCCAGGGAGGAGUUUGAUGAGGAUCUGGAGGGCCAACUUUGAAGGGGACAAUCCAGUCCAGUACCUGAGUGCCGCUCUGACCCUCGCAGGCCGUCCGGACCUUUCCCGACUGAUUGCACCAACACAAGAAAUGUUUUGGACAGAUGAAGCAGUUAGGCAGAGCGAUAGUAAUCCACGUGGAUGCUACUCGAAAGAGAGGCCACAAACCUCGACAAGAACACCUCACUUACCACCUCUCAGAAAACCUGCGCCGAGUAACGCUCUUGCAGCAUCUCAUCGGACAAUUAGAGAAACGGUGCCGUCACGGAGCGCAGAGUAUCCCUCUGAUGUCUCGUUGCUGGACGGUGCACCCGAAAGGUCGUCGACGGUUUUCCUUGAGAGGCGAUUCCCCAACGGUACCACUUCUAAGGACACUGCAUUUACACCAGUGCCAAGGCCACCACAGACGCGUCCCUUAACCACUGCUCCCACUGCGUCCCAUCGCAAAUAUAGACAAAUGGCGCCUUCAAGGAGCACCGAAUUUCGUACUAUUUUGUCGUCGAACGUGAGAGCAUCCAGUAGAUUGUCUUCGAAUUCUCGUGAAGAACAAGUCCUCAACAGACCCUGUUCUGAUGACUCUGCAUUUACACAAGGGUACAUGACUUCUGACCGUCCGCCAACCUCCAACGCAUCAGGUGACGUCCCUCCUAGCGAGUCAGCUGUUGCAGAAAAGCGUCAGGAGGCAGGGUGUUUUCAAAAGUGCAGAAAGGUCAUUAAUAAAGUGCUUUCGGGACUGGGUAGGUUCAAAGAUGCGAUAGGUGGGGUUAAGGAGGUACUGGGUGAACUAGAGGGUCAGUCUGACGACGGUCAAAUGUUAUCUGACAUUUGCGAAGGGGUAGAAACUGGGGUCGUCCUCGUCAUUAAGGGUAUGACCUGUGUGUGGGACAUUGGAAAGCUCUGGCAACAGAGAAAGGACGGGAACGUGACCUAUAAGGAAUUUGUUCUGGCGACCACAAUAACAGUACUAAAGGCGCUGAAUAAAACUGGGUGUGCCAUUGCGGGUGGUGUUGCCGGGAAGUUCGUUGGGACCACCAUUGGUACCCAUUUUGGCGUGCCGGUCUUGGGGAGCGUAAUCGGUGGGUCUCUGGGGGCUUUCAUCGGGCGCUGUGUCGGUUCUGUGUCGGGAUGGUUGCUGAACAAACUAGUUAAAAAGGCAGUGACUUUAAGUAUUAGAUACGAUAACAGGAUAGUAAGGGCAAUCAGUGCCCUGUCACCGGGUGACCAGAUCAUGUAUUUCAGCACCCAGAAGCAGUCCAACCAACAUGCAAUAGUUGUAGCCGUGAAUCCAUCGGACGGGAAAAUAGAAUUGGUGUACCACAGGGCAGGAAUGGUAGUGAAGGAGGAAAUGCAUUUGAGUGGUCCGGUCAAAAAAGUUGUGUACGAUUCCAAAGAGUGUCGUUCUCCAUACGACGUCGUGGCGAGAGCCCGGUCGCAGAUCAAUAAGGAGUUUCGUCUGACAAGACAGGACGGGAGCGAGUUUGCUCAGUGGUGCAAACUCCGACAUGUUACCGGUUUUUAUCCAGUCAGUCGGCAUCUGAAUGCAGUAGAGACACAUUAAAAUCUUUGAACUGGAUUUUGCACGAUUUUAACUACGUUUUGUCUGUCAUGGGGCUACGAGAACAUUACACGUGAUCGUCACAGUUCGUGUGCUCAUUAAUAAUACGUUAAAUUAAUGUUGGCCUUGGUAGAACCAGUUUCACCUUUUCAUUGAUCUACUCAGGUUUUUCAGUCCUGUGAUUUUUGACGGUAAGCGUUCCAUUUACACAGACUUUCGCGGACAUGCACGGGCCUUCAAAGCCUCUAAUCACGCCAGCGUACAUGAAACUGCCAAUGGAAAGGCGCAUAAUCAAAUUCUGCAUGCGCUACCGCGGACUUCAAACGUUUUUCUGAACUUGCCUUUGCCCGUCAAGCAAUGCCACGUGGAAAACGUGUAUCCGAAGAAGAGUGUUACAAUUAUGCUGAAACCAAAAUAAGAAACAAAAUAUGAACAAAUCCCAUAAACCCAGGGGAGUACGUUACUUUCCAUGUUGCCUCUCCUUAGCUUUUGUUACAUGACAAAAUUUUAGAAGUAGAUUCCAGUAUGAUACUUUUGUCUGCGGACUACGUUAGCUAAACUGGUCACGUUUUACUCAGAUCAUUAAUAAUACUAAUAAUUUGUUACAUUUCUUGUGCGCGCUCUCCUUCAGGGAAUAUUCGAAGGCGCAUUUGCAAAGUUACAUAAAAACUACAGUAAGAAUUCAUUACAAUUACAGUUAAGUAUACAAAAUCAUAAAACCUCCAAAAGAUAUAAGAAAAAUAGAACUAAGGAAAUAAGUGUGUUCACACAGUACACAUGAAAGCUACAUGUAGUGUCCCUUUUACAUAUACCCUUUAGAAAAUUUUAGAAAAGCACUCCCUAAAUGACACCCCAGAAGAAACUGUAAACAUUUAAAACGUCUCAUCUUCACGUGUAAAAAUAGUAAAUGUAAACGUAACCUUUCCUGUAGAGCUUAGACCAUAAUUAGUACCUCUUCCCUUCCGUUAUGACUUCAUGGUGUUCUCUGUUUCAUUUAAAAGCUCUUAUUGCAUUACAUUUUAGUUUUCCUUUCUGUUAAAUCUCUCUUUGUGCACUUGAUAAUGGGUAUAAGAAACAAAAACUCGUUCCCCUCGAAUUUUAUGACACCAGUUAUUUGCUGCUACGUUCACUUUACUUGUAAGACUUUGUGAAUAUUAGAGUUCAGACCCAACUAAUCGCAUGACUACAAAUUCAGGAGCUUGUGAAACUGUGAGUGUAGUGCAUUCUACCGCAUGUAGUAUGGUAUUUUCUUUUCCUUAUCGUGCUGUUACGUACAUGUACAUGUAGCACUUUUCUAAACCCUGUUCAUUGUUAUACCACGUAAUAUCAGUCAACAGUUUUUGGCUGGUGUGAUGCCUAACAUCUGAGGGGCACGUUGCACCUGAGAUAAAGCAAAAUGGUUUGAUUUAUAAAGUUUGAUUUCUUACAUUCUGUUUCGAAAACUUGUUAACAUCAAACCAUAACAUUAUAAUAACUGUAUGCGUACAAAUGAAAGUGAUGACAGAUUAGUCUUCGUAAAUAAUUUACACAGGCAAUGGUAUUUGUUAAUAAAUGCUGAUUUUACAAACCAUUGCUUACGAAAGUCCUUAAACGUAAUCAAGUAUAUUUGGGGAGAAAAUUAAGUGUGUUUUUUCAAAUGUAUUUUUACGAGAGACUUUAAGAGAACUUCUUCCAACUUUUUUUCUACGAGAUAUAUUUUCAAAGUUUGGUUUUACGAGAUCAUAUUUUUUCCCAGGGUUUGUUUAACGGGAUCCACUUUUAUCAAAGUUUGUUUUUACUAGAUAUUUCCCAAGUUUUCACAAAUAUAUAUAUUUUUUAAAUUUAUUUCAACGAGAUCUAUUUUCUAGUCCUAGAUUGGGGCCAGUCUGCAGCAGUUUCGAUCACCGCCUUGAAUGCAUUCUGGUUUCCCAAGCGAAAAGACCCAGACUGUGUUCGUAUUGCAAAUGAAUAACUGUUGUAAACAAAUGGCUAUGUCGGGGUAACCAAGAUUUCACGGACAGAAACAAUUGAAAAUCUCCUAUAUUGAUAGACCACUGACCAGAUGGGGUGAGUGAGCCGUAUAACAAAACAAAUUGGGCCAAGGACACGGAGGUAACUCAGUCUGGGACCAGAAAAAAUGCAUCUCGUUUAAACCAAUUUUGAGAAAAAAAAUGUUGUUGUAAAAACAAAAUUAAAAAAUAUAUAUAUUUGUCCUGAAAACAAACUUUAGAACAAAAUCAAAAAGUCUUGGCUAGAAAUAUGUUUACAUAUAAUAGCAAUUGGUUCGAACUUUGAACGAAAAUGUUAACAUGUUUGUAGAUUGCACAUAAAUACUUGUGUCGAAAUUAUUUGUAAGUAAUGUAGAUGCCAACAAUAUUGUUUUGAAAAUAAUGAGAUAGCAUUUAAAAAAUAUUUUAAAAUGUUUUAAUUACUACAAAUGUCAUUAUCUAAAACGAAUAUUCAACAAUCAUUGUCUGAGACAAUUGAUUUACACAGGGCACCUCAUAUUGUAGACAAUGGCCGUAUUUUUUAUUUACCACUCAAAAUAUAUCUUCAAUAAAAUUGUAAUACUAAAUUCUAGUUGGCUUAUUUUUCAAUCUACCACUGUUGUCUUAAACAUUCUACGGAUUCAUCAAUUAAUAAACGAACACUGAUGCUUCUAUAAAGGUUAAA